AUUCAUUUAUUUUUAUUCACAUACAUACACAAAUAUUUAAGUACGUUGAGUGUGGAGGGAGGCUGACUGGAUUGCAUUAUUCUUCACAUUAGUUUUUUAUGAGAGCGGGCAUUUCUUAGGAAGAUUUGCUUGUUUUGAUUUUCUGAUUGUUGGAGAUUUCUCUGCAGAAUCAUGGUUAAUGGACCCAUAUGGUUGGACAGCUGUCCACCAUGCCUCUUUCAAGGGUCAUCUCAUGCUGAUCAAGUUCCUGUUGCAAACCAGCCAGGUUGAGGUAAAUAACCAGGACUUCUUCAACUGCACUCCCCUGCACCGCUCCUGCAGUGGAUGAAACCCUGAGACCACAGACUGCUCCGGCCAGACACCCCUUCACCUGGCUGCAGCCAGCGGACACCUGGGCACUGCCCGAAUUCUGCUCCAGCACUUGGCCUCACCGAACCCCCAGGACUUUCAUAAGUGGACACCCCUGCACUGGGCAGUUUUUGGAGGCUGGGGCGAUGUGAGGGAGCUCCUGCUAGAUAAUGGAGCAGAUGUUGAGGGAGGAAAGGGGGUGGGCAUGAGCCCCCUACUGCUGGCAGUGUUGGUGGGGAAUGAGGCGGGCGUAAGGCUACUGCUCCACCGAGGUGCAAAUGCCAAUAUGAGGGGUCCUAACAGCCGCACAGCCAUGCACCUCUGUGCCUGCUCUGGAGACAAGAAGGUGAUUGAAGGAAUAGUUCACAUCACAUUUAAAAAUUGA